UUUCUCUGGGUGGGGAUGUCUGCUACAUGACCAUUGCCAAUUCUCAACAUGCUUGGUUAUCAACAGCCUCUCAAUGAAAGAAUUUUAAACGAUUCUGUGACGUCAGAAGGCCAAGAGGGAGGGGGAGACAUCCCUCAAGCCCACCGCCAAGUUAAGAUCAUCAUUAUAAGCCUGCAGGAGGAAUACCUUACAUAGCAGCUAAUUAGUGACGCCCUCACAAAGUGUUCUAGAAUUUUCCUUCCUUUCCAACUCGAGAUGGAAUUUCAUAGAGCUAUCCUCUAACUUCAACAAGUAAUGGGGCUACCUGCCUAAUCCUUUUUUUUUUUUUUUUGCCACGAUGUCUGAAAGCAACCAGGAGAUUGACGAAGAGUUUAUAAAUAAGUCACAGGUUACGAAAGGGAACAGUUUAAGCACAAUGGACCAAAAACUGAACCUUCUCAAUGAGAAGGUAGACAAACUGCUGAAUUUUCAAGAAGACAUGACGGGAAAGCUUCAGAAGGUUAACCAAGGGAUCGAUGAUUUGGGGAAAGGCCUUCACAGGCUCACCGUCUCACGGACGCCUGCCGACCAGAUCGGUGGAGUAAAAAGGGGCCUGAAAUUUGAAGACGGGGUUCACCAAAUGGACACCCAAAGCACAUGUACCGAGAUCCUGAAGCUUAUAAAAGUGACCCAUCAAGAUGCUUCAAAGUACAGGGAGAGGCUGGAGAAGAUGGAGAAAAUGGUGGACUCGGUGGACAAGGUUGUGAAAUGUUUGGGGGAGACUUUCAAAAACUCAAAGGUGGUGGAUUUUAUCCUGAAGGGUGUUGUCCCUUGGCAGAAAGGGAGCCUGGUUGAAACCGCAGAAGAGACUAAAGAUAAACCAGAAGAAAAAGGUGCAAAAGGGAAGCAUGCACCUAGCAGCAAAGGAAUCCAGGCAGAAGGCAAGUACUCCUUGAAAGGAAACAAAAGGGAGAGGAAGUUGGAUGGCAGUGAUGGAGCAUGUGAAAAGGUGAACGUGGCUGGUCCGGUCCUUUCCAAAGUUGACUGCAGUCCAAGUACGGAACAGCAGGCGGCCCAGUUGGAAACCAAAGAAGCUCAGGGACAGGCAGGUGACCCCAAAGCUUGCCCAAAGCAAAAGGACGCUGCUGGGGUCAGUGCCGUGCUCCAGAACAAUGGCCUCUCCUGCGUAAGCAGCGGCAAUCCAGCUGGAUGCCAGAAGACAGACAAAGCCUCUGGCCUGGAAGAUCCUCUUAAGAAGCAUGUCAAUCCAAAAGCGAAGGGAAAUGAAAACGAGGAUUCCCGGCUUGGUGCUCCUUCUGUGAAAACUGUGUCAUCUGCCUCUAAGCCUGGUGGUGAAGUUAUACGGACAAGGCUUUCGAUCAACAUGGAAAUGAGUGAUGCCCAAGACAAAGCAUUGAAGGGGAAAGACGCUGGUGUUGGAAGCCAAGGAGGCAACAGCAACGGAGCAUCAGCAAUUUGCCCACCGCUAUCAAAAGGUGAAGGAACAAAAUGCUUGCCAGACUCUUGUAAAGCUAAGCAGCCCUCGAAGAACAGCAGGGCUGAGCCAGCCCAAGAACCAAGAGGGGCAAAGUCUUCGGAUAAGCAAUCUGAGCAGGCGCCCAAACUGAUGGGUCCUCCUCCUCCAUCACCACUUAAGAAGACCGAAGGGAGAGCAGAAGUCAAAUGCAAAAUGGCUCCAUGCCCAAAUUCAGUGGCAAGGGACUCUGGGAAAGAUCCAGGAGGCAAAGUGAAAGCUCCCAAGGAAACGACAAGGAUAACGCAAGACUCUGUGAAAGACAGCAGAUUGGAGACUGUGGAAUCGGGUAGCUCACCUGCAGAAAGGGAAGAGAGAAGAAGACCCAGUCAGGUUGCCACAAAACUGACUGAAGAUGCUGUGUCUUUAGGAGCCGGUAAAGUGGAGGAGGUCAUCAUUGAUGACAGCCCUCCGCCUCCUGCUCCUUUUGAACAUCGGAUCGUGAGUAUCAAGCAAACUGAGCUGACGGCGUGUUACUCUGUGUGCCAUCACGAAGUCUUGGGAGGGGGGCGUUUUGGUCAAGUUCACAAGUGCACCGAAAAGUCAACGGGACUCUGCCUGGCAGCCAAGAUCAUCAAAGUGAAAGUAGCAAAAGAAAGGGAGGAGGUGAAAAACGAGAUCAACAUCAUGAACCAGCUAAACCAUGUGAAUUUGAUCCAGCUCUAUGAUGCUUUUGAGUGCAAGAACAACCUCACCUUAAUCAUGGAAUAUGUCGAUGGUGGUGAACUGUUUGACCGGAUCACAGAUGAAAACUACAACCUCACUGAACUAGACGCUAUCCUUUUCACCAAACAAAUAUGUGAGGGCAUCUAUUACCUGCACCAACAGUACAUCCUUCAUCUGGAUCUGAAGCCUGAGAACAUACUGUGUGUGAAUCGCACAGGAAACCAGAUUAAAAUAAUUGAUUUUGGAUUAGCAAGGAGGUACAAGCCCCGCGAGAAGCUGAAAGUUAAUUUUGGCACGCCAGAGUUUUUGGCUCCCGAAGUGGUGAACUAUGACUUUGUGUCGUUCCCGACAGACAUGUGGAGCGUGGGCGUCAUAGCAUACAUGCUUGUGAGCGGCUUGUCGCCCUUCUUGGGAGAAACUGACACGGAGACCAUGAAUUACAUUGUCAAUUGCAGCUGGGAUUUUGAUGCGGAAGCGUUUGAACAAGUGUCGGAAGAAGCAAAAGACUUUGUUUCCAGGCUCCUGAUAAAGGAGAAAAGUGGCAGAACAAGUGCCGCAAAUUGCCUUAAACACGAAUGGCUGGCAGACCUGCCUGGCAAAGCCAAGAAGUCCAAGGUGCGCUUGAGGUCUCAGCUGCUACUACGGCGUUACAUGGCUCAGAGGAAAUGGAAAAAGCAUUUCUACGUGGUGGCCGCUGCCAACAGGCUGAGGAGGUUCCCGAGCAUGACUGAGAAUCCUGCAUAACCUGUUGUAGAAGACCGAAAACGGAAGGACUCUGGUUUUUAGCCAUUGGCCCACCCUCACCCGUUUUGGCAAUUAGGAUGCAUUUCCUCCUCUCCCAUUAUCCCAUAGCCACAAGCGUGCUGAAGUUUCUGCCUUUGAGCCCUAAUAGGAUAGAACGGGACUUGCUAUAUAAGGAGGAAAUGGGUUCUGUUGUGGAGGGGGACGGCGACCAUGAGUUGCCUCAUAAUACCUUCAUUUCUCCAAUUAUAUCUUAGUGCUUAGCAGUGACCCUAUCUGAGUGGGACUGGUUUCCUUUGAGUAGUUUGAGAACUGUGAGGCGUAUGCUACACACCGCGUCCUUGCUUACAGCUGAUUUCAGCCUGUUUGCUUUCAACUUAGUACAGUGAGUGGGUGCGACGAAACAAAUUGUGUAUCUUCCCAAACAUUUGUUUCCCAUUGGACACUUUUGCUUCCUCUGCAGCUUCUUGACCCCAUUUGCCUCCUUCCGCUUUGUCACCACUGCUGGUUGCAAUAAAUAAUUAUAUUAAUUCAG